AUGCAGAGCAGCCACAAACGCUGGGGAGUUUCCAGAGUCGGAAAAAUGAGUCUGCAGCUUAGAAGAAUCUCAGGCCUGGAGCAGGUACACAGUAGUGGAACUACAGGGCAAAGGUCAAGGUGGAAACGUUACCGGUUACCUGGGAACAGCCUAAAAACAGAGGGAAAAGGUAGAAUCAAAGACAGGUCCCGGGUUUGGGGGAGCAAACCGUCCCCGAGGACACGGAUGCUGGCCACCGGCCCCCUCCGCUGUGUUCUGCACGCCCUGUGUGGUCACACCGUUUCUGGCUCCUCACCCAGGCGCGUGUGGGUGCGUGUCUGCAGCGGCCCCGCUGAGACGUUGGUGUGCACCCCGGUCAAGUCACGGGGCGCCGCUGUCGCUGGAGCUACCUCAUCGCAAAAGCGCUUCCGGGGAAGCGGAUCCCCAUGA